GGGUAUGGGUUCUCAGUGCGUAGCAUCAUGCCCUGAGAAACCCCGAUGUAUCUGAUGUUCACCUAUAGUCGGGUGGCGGCUGGUCGGCGCUGUGGCGCCCGUCAGAUCGCUGAUCCGGUGCGGAGAACUUCGGAGAAGUUGGUGGGCUCAUAUCUGUCAAGACCACUCACCUCACCUUCACGUGGGGCUCCCCGUCACCCUGCAUCGGUCCCGACCGGGGUAGGGUGCGAAAGAGUGAGUGGCACCAAGACGAGAAGGCACCAACACACGAUAAAACAUACCCUUGACGAUGAAGAUAAUGAUGAUACGUCGGAAAAUAUAAAUAAUGAAGUUUACGGUGCAGGGGCGGGAUACCCCAGUACCGGCGCAGACGUGGGUGGACAAGCGGGCCCCGCUGUGUCGUUAGCUUGUGACCGUGGCCGGAUGGGGGUGGACCACCAGGCCCCCAUUCAUGUUAUCACGACUGGUGAGGAGGAAGAAGGAGACAUUGAAAUGGAAGAGGCUCCGAUAGAAAUACAGACUCUGUAAGCUAAGCAUCAACAAAAGGAAGUAGCGCCUAUUAGCAGACAUGUUGCACAGUCUCGACCACCAGUGGGAUCUUGGUUGUUCUUGUUCUCCUCCACUCUCAAGGGCAACAACCAUCUCGGUCGCUCGCCUCACCGUCGAACUAUUAUGGCUUGAACUCGAUACGAAUAUCUCCUGCGAGUUCGACAAAUCACUAAUAUCAUCUCGACACGUAAACGUAAGAAUCAUCAUCUUCCACGUCUCUUAAAUCCUUCAUUGGAAACAUCAUAUUGCCUCUUCCUUGAAGUUUCUUUACUAUGCAACGUUCUAUAUUACUAUUGUUAGUUUUAUUUUAUAUAUUUAUAUAUAUAUUUAUUAUUAUUGUUAUUU